AAGGAGCACUUCCGUCGACACUAAAAUGGCUGACAUCUGUUGAUUCGUUUCAAUUCAGUUGAAUGAGUGUGAGCUAGAAACAUUCUCAGAAGUUGAAAAAGCGAAAUACAGCGACUGCACAGCAAAAUAAAACCAGUUCUGGGAAAUAGCACGUGCGGAAAUGACAUCGCGAUGAUGUGCAAGUUACGACCAUGACAAUUUAAGAUAAAUUCCAAUAGUAAAAUCUUUUAUAUGUGUACAAAUUUGAGAUUUUAAAAGGUUUUGAUUAAUAUUUCAAAGCGCAACGAUACGCCAUACAGUACAUUUUAUUUAGCGAGUCCAUAAAUGCUCUUAAUAUUUGUGUCUCCGAGGAAGUCUCGCCGAUACUCUACAAAGUGUGGUCCGCGGACCAACGUGCAUAGGUCAGGUGGUCCGUGUGCAUAGUAGGUCAGGUGGCCCACGUGCAUAGGUCAGGUGGCCCUUGGCUGACAGUCGUCAUAUAUAGGUUCAUGAACUGACUUGGUUCUAAAUGAUCUGCGCAGAGAGCUCACAUGUAAAUACGAUGCUGGCUGGUCCAACACAUCUGUACCCACUUAAUUCUGACUGAUCUGACAUCUAUGGCAACACAAGAUUAGCGAAACUGCUACUCAGCAGCAUAUAUAUAUGGCGCAAAUCCAAAGACAAAUGUGACUUGUUGAAUAUAUUAAAGAAAGGAAACGCUGUUCACUCAAGUCUCUUGUCUUUCGGAAAAGUGAACAACUGAAAACCUAGCUUUAGUUGGACAGUUGUGGUCACUGGGCGCAGCGCACUCGAUCUGUACCUCCAGACAUACUCCCGUAGAGACUGAUACUCGCAACAGGAGGGCGUGACCGCUCUCACAUGGUCAGCUUUGUAGUCGCUCUUAUCCUCUUUCAUUUAAUGAACCACGGACGUAUAUAUUAGCUCGUGGAUGAACUUUCUUAUCGAGUAAGGGUAGUAGGUCAUAGGUCAAUCUUAUCAAACAGAGGGGAGCGAGGUUCAGGUACGAUCCGUUGUUCACAGAGGAGUUCGGAGUCAGUCGAUUCAAAGUAUACCUCUCCUUUCUCACAAAAAACAACUGAAACAUUUUGGUGGCAUCAGGGUGAAAAUAUAUUUGUAUAAAAGGGCAGAACGCGCGAGUCAGAAUAAAACGAAAGCAGAAAAAGUCACAUGAUUUACCGACUCACAUGACUCCUUUUUCUGAAAAUGGCGGCCGCGUCGGCUGCUACAAAGCCGCUAGUGCAGGAACACUUAUACAAAGUUCUUGUCAUUGGAGAAUUCGGCGUUGGAGGAAGAACUAUAUCAUCAUUCUCAUCAAGAGUAACAUUGAUGAGAUACCUCAUGAAAAUGAGGCGAAAAUCAAGUAGAAUGUGUGCAUUGAUGACCCAUAAGCAAAUGACAGAGAAGCAUGUACUGGACAGGUGGAGAAGAACUCCAGGUGAUUUGCAGGAGGCUGACUGCACCUGCAGGAUCGAUCGAGGCAUAUACAGGAAAACGUCUAUCAUUCGGCGAUACACUGAGGGCUACUUCUCCCCCAAUUACAAACUGACCAUUGGAGUGGAUUUUGCCCUGAAGAGCAUUGACUGGAAUGAAUCGACCAAAGUUAGCUUACAGCUGUGGGAUAUUGCUGGACACGAGCGUUUUGGACACAUGACCCGAGUAUACUACAAAUAUGCAAUUGCUGCCAUUGUUGUAUUUGAUUUGUCCAGACCAGCAACAUUUGAUGCUGUCAUAAAGUGGCUGGAUGAUGUAAACUCCAAGGUGAUGUUAGCCAACGAACAACCAGUACCUGUCCUGCUACUAGCAAACAAGAGUGACAUUGAAGAAGUCAGUAUAAAUAAGGAGCAAAUUGACAAGUUUUGCAAAGAACACAAAUUCAUUGCUUGGUUUCCAACAUCAGCAAAAACAAACACAAAUAUUGAUGAAGCCAUGAACUUCCUGGUUAAGUUUAUCUUGGACCUUCCAGAAGAAAGUCAUCUGCCAGCUCCUGAUCGACAUUCAUUGCCCAACUCUCUCGUUUCCUCCAUGGAUAAUUCCUAUACCAGAAGUCUGACUGACAAAGACAUGCCAAAAAGAUGGUACUGCUGCAGCUGAGAGUACAUUGCAUUGCCUGUUUAUACUGAGAAUUCUUGUGCUUUUGCUUUGGAAAUGCUAGUGUAUGCUCUUUUUCUUGUUAUUCUUUUAUGUCUUCAGGUAAUGAAGGCACUUGAAAAUUAAAAUAUUUAUGUAACUGAUUGAGCCAUAAUACAUAUUUAAUAUAUAUCUUGUUACUUUUACACAGAAACAUGACAUCUAAAAUUAUAUAGCUCUAUGUAUAUGUAUACAUGUGUUGUAGGUCACAAUGUAAUUAUACUACUUGUGGGGGUUUUCCCAGAAAAGCAAGUAAGUAAAUUUACAUCUCAUUGAGAGCCUCUGAUGAUAAAAGACAUGAAUAUUGCUUGUUGCAAUCAAGGACAAGCAAAGCCUAGUGCUUUCAAACAAACUCUAAAGGCCAGACUUCAAAAAUACAGCAAGUUAUGCUUGAAAAGAAACAAAAAGAAUUUAUAAUGAAGCUCAUGUGAUAAAAUAUUUCUAACUUGGCAUAUACCCUACUGUUUACUUCUUUUUAUUUUUCCUUGGUUUUGAAAGCACAGCAAUAAAAUUGCUUUGAAUAUGAAAUGAAUUAAACAAUUUACUUGAAACGGUAGAGAAUUAUUUUACAAACUUUUUCCUUUUGGUUGUUCUGUACUGCAUACUCAAUAAAUGUACUGAGAAAAUUGUAUCAACAGCUUUGAUGUCUGAAGUCUAUGUUACCUAUGGAGAUCUCAUUUUGUAGAUUUUCAGUUUAGUAAUUAUAAAAAAUUGCCUAACAUGAAUUUCUAAUUUAUGGUUUUGUGACUGUACUGAUAAAGACAUUACUAUUUUUAAGGAAAAGAAGAAAACACAAGGUAUUAGAUGUUCUUACACAAAGAUAUAAAGCACUAUCUUGAAUUGCCCCUUGGGAUCAAUAAAGUUGUAAUCAAAUACAUGGUGUAGGCCCCCUCAGCAAGCUUUCUGAGUGUAAAAAUAGUUUUAUGUGAACGACAUAUUUAUAGGUUGUGCUUGAGUACAGAAUUUUUUUAAUCUGUACAUUUAAAAAUGGCUCUUUAUGUUUAAAAGUGUGGAAUUAUUUACUUUAUUUUUUGGGGUGGGAGGGAGGAGGUGGGAGGUAGAGUCUGGUCAAAGUGACAAAUUGAUCCAGUUUAUUUUUAGAUUUCUACUUUUGGAAGGGUGUGACCAAAUGGCAGUGGGCUUGCAGACCACUGAGUUUCAAUAUCUGGCGAUUUGUGCCACUGGUGAAUGAUUGAUUCUGUUAUGAUGGUGCUUAUCUACAUUGUGCACACAUCUGUUAUUUGUUGACCUCAAAGCUUUUCUUUUCACGUGUACCAAAAAAAACAAAAAAAAACAAAAAAAAACAACCAACAUUUAUGUAAAAAUACAACCAAUGCAUGUUGUUGAGAGUUUGAAGUGUGACAGACUUUUAAUAAAAUGCAUGCCAUUA